CAUUAUCCGAUUAAAAUGAUCAAGCAUCAUACGGUGGUGAUUAUACGCGCCAAUCACGCUGCAUUGACGUAUAUUAAAGCGACGCCCGCCGUAGAGAAAAACACGGAAGUAGUUAUUGACAUACCAGAGGGAAAGCAAGUGCCGUCGCCGACAGAAGAAAAUAACGAGGACCCAAAAAAUUGUCGAAUCGAUAUUCAGCCAGAUCUAUCGAACGACGAUGAAUCGGUACAACCUAAUGGUAAAAUGCCAACAAACAAUGCAGAUAUUGUUGAGAAAGCAAGGAAUGCUUUCUAUAGUGGCAAAACAAAACCAUUAGAAUGGAGGAUAAAACAGUUGAAACAAAUGCUUCGAAUGUUAAAUGAAUGCAAGCCAGAAAUUGUCUCUGCUCUUCAUUCUGACUUACGCAGGUGCAAAUUUGAAUCUUAUGCUUUGGAAAUACAAGUUCUAGAAGGAGAGAUCAAACAUAUGAUCAUGAAUAUUAAACAAUGGGCAGCUACUGAAAAGCCUCCAAAAGCAAUGGUCAAUAUAUUUGACAAAGUUGAAAUUCGAAAUGAUCCAUACGGUGUAGUUCUCAUUAUAGGUCCAUGGAAUUACCCUUUACAAUUAACUUUAGUUCCCAUGUCAGGUGCAAUUGCUGCUGGAAAUUGUGUUAUUCUCAAGCCAUCUGAAGUAUCUCCUGCUACAUCACAACUUCUAUCACGAAUUAUUCCAAAGUAUUUAGACACGGAUUGUUUCCAUGUUGUACCAGGAGGUGUCCAUGAAACAACAGAUUUACUCCAACAAAAAUUCGAUUAUAUAUUUUAUACAGGUUCUACUACAGUAGGAAAAAUCAUUCAUCAAGCGGCAAAUAAGUUUUUGACGCCUGUUACGUUAGAACUUGGUGGCAAAAGCCCAGUAUAUCUAGAUAGCACGGCAGAUAUGACUGUGGCUGCAAAAAGAAUCCUUUGGGGCAAAUGUAUUAAUGUAGGCCAAACUUGCAUCGCGCCUGACUACGUUCUUUGUACUCCCGAAGUACAAAAUAAAUUUUUAAAGGAAGCAGAACACAUUUUAAAGGAAUGGUACGGCGAUAAUCCUAAGGAAAGUCCAGACUUAGCGCGUAUAAUUAGCGACAAUCACUAUCACCGACUUGUAAAAUAUUUAAACGGAAAUGGUAAAAUAGCGUUAGGAGGAAGCUGUGAUCCUACCGAAAAAUUUAUUUCGCCGACGAUACUUGUCGAUGUUAAACCCACAGAUCCCAUUAUGCAAGAAGAAAUAUUUGGUCCUAUAUUACCAUUUGUAAACGUAAAUAAUGCUUACGAAGCAAUUAACUUCAUAAAUAGCCGCGAGAGUCCACUUGUAAUGUACAUAUUUACCAAGGACAAGGGGGUUCAAGAGUUAAUAAUAAAUCAAACUAAUAGUGGGAGUGUGGCAGUCAAUGAAACAAUAAUGCAGUUUACUGUUGAUACUUUACCAUUUGGUGGAGUUGGAGCUUCUGGUAUAGGACAUUAUCAUGGAAAAUAUACUUACGAUACGUUUGUGCACAAAAAAGGGUGCCUUAUCAAAGAUUACAACAAAAUAGCAGAAAAGUUGGCAUCGUGUCGUUAUCCACCGUACACAGAGAAAAAAUUAUCAUUCUUAGGAAUGCUGGUUGCAAAACGACCCGAUAUACCAGGGAUUAAGUAUAUUCCUCAUCUAUUAGCAUUUGGAUUGGGAAUUCUCGUCACCUUUGGCGUUACAACCGCUUUAAAGGCUCAAGAAGAGAAUUUGUAGUGGAAGCUUUGCAAUAUUGUUAUAGAGAAUAUAUUGUUGCAAUAUUAUAGAUUUAUGAAUGUUAUGCAUGUAUAAUCUUUAUAGUUGUUUUAAUCUUUCUGUAUUUAUACACAAACUUUUUAUAUGAAUAUCACAUGAAGGUAACUUUCUUUUAUUUUAAUAUGAAAUACUGACGAAAAUUGUACUUUUACAUCGGGAAUAUUUAUUUUUCAUUGUAAGCAAUUCUAAAAUUCAAGCUUCGAUAACUAGACUUCUACCGAGACUGUAAUAAAAUUUAUUGGAUUAUAUGUGGAUGUUACAUAAUCUAUACAAGAUAUAUAAAGUAACGUACAAAUGUGUUGCCAUAGAAUUAAAUAUUUUUUUAAACGAAUAAAAACGUGAACAUUCCAAUGUUUAUAUUAGAACUAUAUAGAAUUAUAAAUUUCAAUGUACAAGAGUUAUACACUGUUUAUACAAUAUUGUAAUUAAAUUACAUACGAAAUAUAAAAUAAUGACUUUGGUA